UUCAUUUCAUCUACUGCUACAUACAUUCAUUCUACUCUUUCUCCCCUUCAAAGUUCAAACUUGCAAAUUGCCCCCCGGUUCGGCUCCAUUCCACGCUCUCAAAACUAAUCCAAUUCUCUCUUCUUACUCUCAUCAGAUAUCGUGACCUGACCUGAUGGCGGAUGCACUGCUUGUUCCCACUGUACAAGUUCUAGUGCAGACGGCAAUAAACUUGGCUUCAGAACAAAUUGGCCCGUUUCCGGGCUUCAUGAAUGAUUUUGAGAAGCUGAGGGAUACGUUGACUCUGAUCCAGGCUCUCCUUCCUGAUGCAGAGGAACGACAGGUGACUGCCCAGCUCGUGAAGCUUUUGCUGGAGAAGCUUGAACGUGAGGCUUUCGAUGCCGGAAAUUUGCUGGAUGACUUCAACUUUGAAAUGAAUCGGCGCAGGAUUGAGAUCCAAAACCAAACGAAGAGGAAGGUAUGCUUCUUCUUCUUCUCACGCUUUAAUUCCAUUGCAUUCCGUCGCAAAAUGGCCAAACAGAUUCGGGAAAUCAAUAUGCAGCUGCAAAGGAUCAAUCAAGAAGCAAGGGCAUUGGGCCUAGCGUCAGGGGUUCACAUUGAACGUUCUUUUUUUUCUCAGAACAGAGAGGCUGACUAUGUUACUAUUGGUACGAGUUUUGUUGGAAGAGAUGAUGAUGUUUCAUCAAUAGUAACACAGUUGACUGCCAUGGAUAACAAUGAAACUAUCUCCGUUCUUCCCAUAGUAGGGAUGGGCGGGAUCGGGAAGACAGCUUUGGCUCUAAAAGUUGUCAAUGAUCCAAUGAUCCAAGAACAUUUUGAGAAGAGAAUGUGGGUAUGCGUGUCAGAUGAUUUCAAUGCCAAUAUGCUUUUUAGGUUGAUGCUAGAAUCAUUGAAAGAACCAAUGCUCGAAGUUGAGAGUAUGGAAGCCAAAUUGAAUCGGCUCAAGAAAUUAUUGGAUGGUAAAAAGUAUCUACUGAUCUUGGAUGAUGUUUGGAAUUAUGACCCUGCACUAUGGGAUAACUUUGUUGGGUCUUUGAAGGGAACUAGCCAAGCCAGGGGGAGCUGGAUUCUUGUGACCACUCGUCUGCAACAAGUGGCAACCAUCAUGACAAUUUCUUCUCAUUCUCAGACCUGGUACCUAAAACAAUUAUCAAAUGAUCAAUGUUGGCUCAUUCUCAAAAAACAUGCAUUUGGCACUUGGGAGGUGUCGAAUGAACUACAAAAUGUAGGAUUCAAGAUUGCGCAAAGAUGCCAAGGCAUACCAUUAGCUGCAUGCCUUCUUGGUGGCAUGCUGCGCAACAAGGGAACAAAUGAAUGGCAAACUUUAGAGAGUCGGCUUCAAAGUUUAGAUAGAGAUGAAGACAUUGGGCUUCCUAUAAUUUUGAAGUUGAGCUUCGAUAUUCUUCCAUAUGCAUCUCUUAAAGAGUGUCUUGCAUAUUGUUCAACUUUUCCCAUGGGUUUUCGAAUGGAAAGGAAUCAACUGAUCCAACUUUGGAUGGCGGAAGGAUUUCUUCAUUCAAAUCCAACAAAAAAUAUGUGUAUCGAGGAAGUUGGUAACGAGUAUUUUACCAUUUUGUUGGAUAGUAAUUUGUUUCAAGAUGCAGAGAAGGAUGAUUACGGGAAUGUAUUGAACUGCAAAAUGCAUGAUCUUGUGCAUGAUAUGGUGCAAUCCAUUUCGGCAGGUAAAACGUUAAGGUUGGAAGAGACAAUAGAAGUUGGUUUUCUAGACAAGCCUUUUCGAUAUCUUGUAGUGGAAAGUUGUGGAAAAGAAAUACCAUUUCCAUUGAAUGAAAGUUUCAGGUACAUAACGUCAUUAUUUUUAUUGGAGAACAAAUCAAUUAAUAGUGAUGGUUGGAUCUCAUCUUUGACUUCCUUGCGGGUGCUAAACUUAGCUUCAUCAGAUGUUGAGGAGCUUCCUGAAUCAAUUAACAAGUUGUCUCAUUUAAGGUAUCUCGAUUUAUAAAUUUGCAGACGUUAAGAGUUAGAGAUUGCAAGUCAUUGACAAAGUUCCCAAACAAUUUCAAAAUUUUGGUGAAUUUGAGGCACUUUGACUUUUUCUCUGGAGAUAAAUCUAGUGAUAUGAUGCCUCUUGAGAUAGGACAAUUGCAUUCUCUCCAAACAUUGCAAUUUUUCAAUAUUGGUGAAGAGGCGGGUCGACAAAUUAGACAACUGAGAAAUUUAAAGGAUCUCAGUGGAAGUCUUGAGAUAAGAAAUCUUGAAUUAGUGAGAAGCAAGGAAGAAGCCGAGUCUGCAAAUCUGAUUGGGAAGCCAAACAUUAAUGAGUUGAGAUUAUUGUGGAAUGAAUUAGAUAAAUUGAGAGAGAAUGACAGAGAAUACAAUCAAGUGUUGGAAGGCUUGCAUCCUCACCAGAAUUUGAAAGGUUUGAUAAUUGAAAGGUUUUUUGGUGAUCAACUUUCGACAUGGAUUGGAAAACUUGAGAAAUUGGUGAAGUUUGAAUUGCGAAAUUGUAGAAACUGUAAGGAGUUACCAACUCUUGGACACAUGCCCUUCCUCAGAUAUCUUCAUCUGGAAGGACUCGGCAACAUAACAACCAUAGGGCCUUCUUUUUAUGGUGAAUCAACCGUGCAUAGUGGCCGUAGCAGUCAAUUGUUUCCUGCACUUGAACGUCUCAUUCUAGAAAACAUGCUAAAUUUGCGUCAAUGGGUGGAAGCAUUAGGUCAUGAUGGAGCAGUGGUGGUGUUUCCGGUCCUUAACACAAUGAGGAUUAGAAGGUGUCCCCAAAUAGUCACUUUUCCAAGUCAUUUUCCGUGUCUCAAGAACUUGCACAUUGAGCACAUCAACAAUGGAUCAAGUAUAGUGACAUGUAUUUCCAAUAGUUUCAGGACUCUCACGAGCCUUUCCAUUGAUAAUAUGAAUGGGUUCACUGUGCUACCACACACUCAUAUUGUUGGCUCAACUCAAAAUUUGGUUGGCCUUGGAUCCUUAGAGGAAUUACAUGUUUGCAGGUGCCACUCACUGAAGUCGAUUUCAAUCCCACACCCAUACCUCAAUGCCUUGCGAAAAUUAAGGAUUGUUAUGUGCAGUGAGUUAACCCAUUUGUCCAUCCCGCAAAUGUACGAGUCAGAGUGGGAUUCCAGUUCUUCAUCCUCCUCUACUUGUCCUUCUUCUCCUCUUAAGGAAUUGGAAAUAUGGGGAUGCCCCAAUCUUGUCUCCUUUCCAAUUGAUUUAACCCGCAGACCUUCUCUUUCUUUCUUGGACAUACCAUACUGUAAGAAAUUAACCAACUUGCCCAAGGGGAAGCUUUGUUCUCUUACAAGCUUGAGAAGCUUAGAGAUUGGACCAUUCUCAGAAACCACAAAGCUGCACUCCUUCCUAGUCCUCUUUGAGGCUCUCCUCCCACCACCGCAUCCCUACUUGCCCUUCCUUUGGAAAUUGAGUCUGGUUGGAUGGCCUCAUUGGGAAUCUCUGCCCGACCAACUUCGGUACCUCUCUGCUCUAACGUAUCUUGAACUAGAUGGUUUUGGAGUAAAAUCGUUGCCUGAUUGGUUUGGGAAGCUUUCGUCACUUGAACGACUCUACCUUUACAAUUGUACAAAGUUAGAGAAUUUACCCUCUCACCAAUCUAUGAGAAGCCUCACCAGACUAAAAGAGCUGCGGAUUGAAAUGUGUCCCCUUCUAACGGAAAGAUGCAAUUCAGAGAGUAGCAGCAGCAGUACCAUCCCCAUUUCUGAGUGGUCCAAGAUCUCCGACGUUCCCAAAAUUAUAAUUAAUGGGCAGCGAAUCAGAGGCUAAUUUCCCAUUAAAGCUACUAGCCUACCUUCUGCUAAAUAACUAUUGCAAACCUGUCUUUCCUUGGUUCUCUCUGAAUUUCUGCUUUCCAGAUAAAUACCUUCACAUUCUUGGACUUGCAAAAAAGAGGGGCUGUAUGCUUGGUGAGGGGCUUAUUUGCUUCAAAUGGAUCCAGCAGGGCUCUUUCAAAGGGAACUCAUUCUCCUUCAUUAUAUACAGAAGGUUUAGGCAAUACUAUGUCUAGUUUGAGAGUGUAGAAUGAGCCAUUGGUACAAAACCCAUUGUAUAGUAGUAUUGAAGGCUGAGGGUGUAAUAGAUUUUCUUGAGCCUUAGAGCUCUCCAAGAUGCUGCAACAAAGAUUACUCUGGCUGGCUACUGGGAUUCUCAUGCAGGAGCUGUUUGACAGCUAGAAAUUGGAUGAAUGGUCUGAAGAGAUGUUCUCAAAUUUUCCGAUGUAUGAAAAGCUAUGAGCAUAAGCUUUCUCUCAAUCUGGUGAUGGGGCAGACGCUCUGAUUUAGGGCUAUCAGAUGGCUGAUGGAAAAUAUGCCAUGGAGCGGAGAAGUUUGAUGCAUAGAGUAUGCAUCGAAAUUUUAUGGAUAAAAUUCAAGCAGGAAGUGAAUUUCUGGGCUGAGAGUCAAUCUUGUUGGCAGUAGAAUCCAUGUGGAUGGCAGUCUUCUGGUGAAACAGUGUGUUUAUGCCUUAUAAGGGGAACCUUUCAUGAAAAAUCUUGAGCUCUCCAAGGAGCUACAUCAAAGAUGAUUCAGGCUUGCUACAGGGAUGCUCAUGCACGAGGUACAUUUUUGUGAUGAAAAUGUUCUGAUUCAAGAAGAUAUAUCUAAUUUUCAUCACUUCCUAAUAUUUCUUUGUCCUUUCUUCAAACUUUCAUAAUUGAUAGAAUCAGCAAGGUCUUCGUUAGUUGCCAUUUAUUCUAAACUUGCCUAAAGUUGAGAGUUUUCACUCAAUCUUUACUAGGUAAAGAACAGAGCUAUGGAUUAGCCAAUACAUGGGAAAGCUGCUUGUUGGAUUUUUAAGCCAUGAUGACAAAUGCUGCGAAUGAGGCUCGUCAGCCCCUCAACAGAGAUAUAGCCAAGGUCGAAGUGAGAAGCUUUCACUUGUUGAAGGAUUUGAAGUUGGAAUAGGUGAAAAACCUGAGAAGUAGCCUCCCCGCCAAUCAAAUAGAAGCCUCCCUAUGGAAUGUGUAUCUUUUGAUCUAAACGGAAGAUGCUGCAACAAGAGCUGCUACCCUGACUCUUGAGUGGUGCAAGAUUUCUAGAUUCCUCACUUUGAGAUUGAUCAUAUAGUGUAUGGAAACUCUAGUCUACACCUGUAUUUAUGAUCUCUUCAAUUCUGUAUGUUCGAUAAUGCUGUCUCCAAUUCUGUAUAUUAUUCUCAUGAUGCUAUACCUUUUCUGUGACAUUCUGCUGAAGAGUACAUUGUUAUUAGAUGUAAAAGUGGACGAGUAUUACAACAUCACACAUUGUAAACCGUAUGAUCUUGCAGAAUCUAUUUUAAGUGGAUAAUCUGGUGUCAAAAGAA